CGGAAGACACGUGAUGAGUUGACAACCACGAUGACAGUUCACUGAGUGUGUUGGUGCUUAACUGGCUGUGUUACGAGUGUGAACCAGCGAUGGAAAUGAGUAAAAACUGUAAGAUAGUUAUAAUAGGCUGCGGGAUAUCAGGUGUAGCAGCGGCUCACAGGCUCGUUAAAGCCGGAUUUCAACAUGUGCGGAUACUUGAAGCGACUGCAAGAAGCGGGGGAAGAAUAAAAACGGGGACGUUUGGCGAUAGUAUUGUUGAAAUAGGGGCGAACUGGAUCCAUGGACCAUGCAAGGAGAACCCAGUGUUUUGUUUGGCCCAGCAGUACGGGCUUCUGGGUCCAGAGGCCCUCACCCCAGAAAACCAGGCCACGGACGUUGGAGGACACCCCCCCUGGGUUCCCAACAUCUUCAGCAGUUCAGGUCGGAAGCUGAAUCCUGAGGACAUCUCUCCGGCUCUGGAGAUGUUUGCUGAGCUACUCAACGAAAGUUCACAAUUUCAGAGUCAAGGAGGAGAACCCUGGGCCAGUGUGGGACAAUUCAUACGGUCAGAGGUGCAACGACGCGCAACGGAGAAAUGGAAUGAUAUCGACGCAAACACCAGAUUUCUGCAGUGGUGUGUGGUCAGCAGCAUGUUGAAGGUGGAGUGCUGCGUGAACGGGGCUCACAGCUUGGAUGAGGUGGGCCUGGGGGCCUUUGGCCUUUACAAGACUCUGCCUGGACUAGACUGUACAUUCCCAGGCGGCUAUGAAGGUCUAAUCAGAAACCUGGUGUCGGAACUCCCCGGUGGUGCAGUGACCUACAGUCGACCUGUCCGCUGUGUCCACUGGAGCAACUCAGAGACGAGAAACGACCAUGUGUCCAUUGAGUGUGAUGAUGGGGAGAAAAUCGCAGCUGAUCACGUUAUUGUCACAGUGCCUCUAGGAUACCUGAAGAAGCACCAUUCAACUCUGUUCCAGCCUCCUCUCCCUCUACACAAGCUGCACUCCGUCCAGAGACUCGGUUUUGGAACAAACAAUAAAAUAUAUGUUGAGUUUGACUCACCGUGGUGGGACGCAGACUGUGAGGUCAUCUACCUUGUAUGGGAAGAUGAGGAGGCUAUUGUGGACCAGGUGCCUGAUGUACAGAGAUCCUGGAUAAAGAAGUUGUUUGGCUUCACUGUGCUCAAACCCACUGAAAGGUUUGGCCAUGUUCUCUGUGGCUGGAUAGCUGGGCACGAGUCAGAGUAUAUGGAGACACUGUCUGAACAGGAGGUCGCACAUGCCGUCACACAGCUUGUUCGUAGAUUUACAGGGAACCCUACCAUCACCCCAAGGAGAGUCCUGCACUCCCAGUGGUUUCAUGACCCCUGGACAUGUGGGUCCUACAGUUACCCUGGAAAAGGCUGUUCAGAGCAGGACUUGGAAAACAUGAUGGAGCCCUUGCCUGCGAGGGGAUCACAGUCACAGCCCCUGCAGGUGUUGUUUGCUGGAGAGGCUACCCAUCCCUACUACUACUCCACCGUCCAUGGAGCUCUACUCACUGGGUGGAGAGAAGCUGAUCGACUCAUCUCUCACUACUCUGCCAUGAGUCCCUGUGAGCCGUUCAAAUCAAAGCUUUAAAAAAACAAUGCUGCUUUGUCCAAAAUAGAUUUUUUUCAGAUUUAUAUUUAAAAUCAUCAACGUCUGCAAACAAUGAUGUCUGAGUUGAUUUGGAGGAUUUUGUGGGAGUUGCUGAUUUUUGUCGGUCACUUAAAAAUGUGUUCCCAGAAAAUGAGAUGAAAGAAUCAACUUUGAAAUUACACACUUAGCGAAUCAGAGUAAUGACAAUACAGUUAAAGAAUCAGCAGUGAUUUUGUAACUUCAUCUUUUUUUGUAAGACUGAAUUUAAUGAUGUUUUCAACUUAACAUUUUGCCUAUUAUUAUUCAUGGACUGAUUGUAACUAUGAGAUAUUCUCAAUAAAAUAUUUUUACAUUUC